AUGAACUUCAUUCAUGACAAUAUUACAGAAAUGAAAACACAGGUGAACAACAUUAAAGUGGCUACCGACACUCUGAAUAAAGACCAGAUAUCAGUGAAGGCCCAAAUAUCAGACAUAACUACAAAGGCAACAGCGGCGGAUAAUAAAAUUCAAUCUCUUGAGGCAGAAAUCGUUACUUUAAAAAAUAAUAUGGCAUUCAGUACGACGAUGUCAACUUCUGAUGAAAAUGUUAUCCAAGAAUUACAAGAAAGGGUUACUAGGGAAAAAAUAUAA